AUCUCACAGGUCUAUCUGUAACUACUCACUGUGUCAUCACAGAGACUUGCCGUACAAUAAGUAUUGUCACCAAACCCAAGAUUCUCCUUUUCUAGCCUUCCUUUUCCCCGCCCAAGCCUAGAGAGUAUGAUUUAGUAAGCCUGGAGCGAGAUGAAGAAAACUACUUAUAAAAAAAGUUUCCAGUUAGCUGGGAUCACACCUGUAAUCCCAGCACUGAGUCAGGAAGGCCAAGGCAGGAGGAUGGUCCCGAGUUCGCGGCCAGUCUGGAUUCCACAGCCAGCCUGGACAACAGUCAGUCGAGCUCCAUCUUAACCAAAACUAAACGAGAAGCAACUAAACAACAAAAAGAAAAGGCCAAGCUGUCCAGCAGACUGCUGAGCACGCCUUCCCGAUGGGUCACCGAAAAGGACUCGGCUUAUGACCACGCCCCCACGUUCCGGUGAAAACGCACGCCAUAUCCUAGAUGGCUCUAAGCAAAUCAAUGCAUGCAAGAAAUAGAUACAAGGACAAGCCACCUGACUUCGCAUAUCUGGCAUCCAAAUAUCCAGAUUUUAAGCAGCAUAUUCAGAUAAAUCUGAAUGGGAGAGUAAGUCUUAAUUUCAAAGACCCUGAAGCAGUCAGAGCUCUGACUUGUACUCUCCUAAAAGAAGACUUUGGACUUUCUAUUGAUAUUCCUUUAGAGAGACUAAUUCCCACAGUUCCCUUGAGACUCAACUAUAUUCACUGGGUAGAAGAUCUGAUUGGGCAUCAGGAUUCUGAUAAAAGUACUCUUCGAAGAGGAAUCGACAUAGGUACCGGGGCAUCCUGCAUCUAUCCCUUACUUGGAGCAACCUUAAAUGGCUGGUAUUUCCUGGCAACAGAAGUGGAUGAUAUGUGCUUCAAUUACGCAAAGAAAAAUGUGGAACAGAAUAACCUAUCUGAUCUUAUUAAAGUGGUAAAAGUGCCACAGAAGACACUUCUAAUGGAUGCUCUUAAAGAAGAGUCUGAGAUAAUCUAUGACUUCUGCAUGUGCAACCCUCCCUUUUUUGCUAACCAAUUGGAAGCCCAGGGUGUGAACUCUCGGAAUUCUCGAAGACCUCCACCUAGUUCGGUAAAUACUGGGGGCAUCACAGAAAUCAUGGCUGAAGGAGGUGAACUAGAAUUUGUUAAAAGGAUAAUCCAUGACAGUUUACAACUUAAAAAAAGAUUAAGGUGGUAUAGCUGUAUGCUGGGGAAGAAGUGCAGCCUGUCUCCACUGAAGGAAGAGCUCAGAAUCCAAGGGGUUCCUAAAGUCACCUUCACGGAGUUCUGUCAAGGCAGGACAAUGCGAUGGGCCUUAGCUUGGAGUUUUUAUGAUGACGUCACAGUACCGUCACCUCCAAGUAAACGAAGAAGAUUAGAAAAACCGAGGAAACCGAUUACGUUUGUAGUGCUGGAGUCUGUGAUGGAAGAAUUAUCCCUCAAAGCCUUGUCACUGGGCUCUGAGACAGUGGAAGGCAUAACAGUUGUGACAACAUGGAUCGAAAAAAUCCUCACGGAUCUGAAGGUGUGGACCAAGCAUAUUGAUGAAGUCCACCAUAAACGAAUUCCUUGUGGGAAAGAAGAAGUUAGCCUUUUCCUGACAGCCGUAGAAAACUCUUGGAUUCAUUUAAGGCGGAAGAGAAGAGAGCGAGUGAGACAACUAAGAGAGGUGCCCCGAGCUCCUGAGGAUGUUCUCUUAGCCUUGGAGGAGAGAAAGUCCACUCCCAAAGAGCUGAGUGGUAGCCAGGACAUGGCCCCAUGCUCCCAGGAGAGUGCCUUGUGUGGCCUUGCUGUACCGGAAGGCGAGUCUGCCACUGUCGGUGGCCAUUGCCUCAGCCAGGAGUCACUUUGCCAGGAGGAAACUCCAGAAGCCAUGGAGGAUGAAAGGAGUGAGGAAAGGGGAGGGAUAGGGGUCCUGGAAAGUUGUAAAGGCUCUAGCAAUGGAGCCCAGGACGGAGAGUCUUCUGAGAAGGGAGACCGCCUGGACGAAGCAGCUGGACGUUACCUGUUUAAGUGCCUAAUCAACAUUAAGAAGGAAGUAGAUGGCGCCUUAGUUGAAAUGCAUUGGGUUGAGGGCCAGAACAGGGAUUUGAUGAACCAGCUUUGUACCUACAUACGUAACCAAAUUUUGAGGCUUGUUGCUAGUUAAUUCUUUAUUUCUUCUACAGUUAGAAAAGUGUCUGUAUAGGGCUAGGGAUGUGGUGCAAUGACUGUAUGUGCUUAAUGUUCAGAAGGCAGCCUGGGUUGAGUCCCAAACAUCUAACAUCAAAAUAAAAAAACAAACAAACAAA